AUGAAUAUUAAAGAUAUUAUCAACACAAAUUAUGAGGAAAAUAUUUUACUUAAUAAUCAAAAUAGUGAUUCUAAGAUGAAUAUUAAAGGCAUUACCAACACAAAUUAUGAGGAAAAUAUUUUACUUGAUAAUCAAAAUAGUGAUUCUAGGAUGAAUAUUAAAGAUAUUAUCAACACAAAUUAUGAGGAAAAUAUUUUACUUGAUAAUCAAAAUAGUGAUUCUAAUGUAAAAGAAAAUGUUUAUUCUGAAGAUUAUAAUAUUAAUUCUGAUAUCAAUAAAAUUACUUUAGAUAAUACUAGCAAAUUAGUUGGUUUAUUAACACAUACUGAUAUUAGUAAAAUUUCUAACUCUACUUUAAAAAGUAAUCUGAUUUGUUAUGAAGCAGCUAAAGAUUUUACAAUUGAAUUACCAAGGUCUCAAGUUUUAAGGGAUUUUGUGGAUAUUAUUCUUAUUAAUGAUGAAACACAUUUCAAAUGGAAACAAACUGAUGAGUCAGUUUAUGAAAUAGUAUCUUAG